AUGAAACAGUCAUCGGAAAAGUUCCAAUCGCUCACCGCUCCUGACAAUGCAACACACGCCACAAAUGAAGAUAUUUCUGACAGCAGCUCAACAAGUUGUUGCGACGGCGGAUGCGGUCGGUGGUGUCACGGACAUCUACACAGUCUGGAAGGGAUGUUAAUGGCCCUGUUAUCGGGGAUCUCCUUAGCAGUGUCGUCAAUUUACACUCGUCUAUCAAGCGAUGGCGGAGUCCCAAGGUUUCACACGACGUUUAUCAAUAACAUACCACUAGCACCCGUCGUCAUUCCCUUCAUGGUCUACUACAAAGUAAACCCAAUCUGCCACGAGCGAUGGAGGGAUACACUGGUCAUACUUCUCUUAGGGUGCGGUCGAGCUGUUGUUAUCAUGGCACAGACGAUAUCGUUUACGUACGUCAACUCGGGCAACGCCGUAGCGCUGUUGAAUGGAAUAACGGCAGUGGCGGCGUCACUCCUGGCAAGUCUUUUCCUACGCGAGAAAUGCAGGCUAAUAGGCAUUGUAGCAAUAUGCGUAGAUAUAGUAGGUAUAGUUUUAUUAAUUCGACCACCGUUUAUUUUCGGCCAUCUAUCGGAAAGUUACGGUUACACCAUGGACUUGACCAUUGGAUACUCUCUUAUCACAGUUGCCGCGGUCAUUCUCGCUAUCGUGAUCGUGGCGUCUCGUAAACUACUACAACGGGUUAGUAUACUGAUCGUCACAUUUUACGCCGGUGUCAUGGGAUUUGUAUUAAGUUUGAUUUUUAUGCUGGCGCUUGAGACGUCAGUUUUUCCAAUAACCGACUUGUCGUUGAUUUUCUAUCUGUCCCUAAUGGCGAUAAGUUACACCAUAGCGUUUUACACAUUGUACAGGGCCGUACAAGUACAAGAUGCGAGCACGUGUGCAUUACUUAGAAACAUAUCUAUCGUAGUGGCGUUUGUACUGCAACACUACGUGCUAGAAACCAGACCAACUCUGCUUGACAUUAUCGGGGCUUCUCUAAUCCUCGUUGGAACAUCAGUGGUUUCCUUGGAAACCUGGUGGAUUAAAACUCACCGUAAAGACGAAGAAGAGGACUUGUUACUCUCAGAAGACAGCGGUAGCGAGAUGAUACCAAUCACUGGGUUCGGUGCUACUAUUGAUAGGGAUAACAAACACAGUAAAUGUCAGUAG